AUGCGUAUUCUCUGUCUACACGGCUAUGGUACGAGUGCCGAUGCCCUUCAAUAUCAACUGUCGGGUCUCCUCCAUUCGGCAGAUCCCAGUUGGGAGUUUCAUAUGCUCUCCGGCGAGAUCGAAUGCCCGCCCGCACCUGGAAUCGAAACCAAGUUUACUCCCCCAUAUUACUGCUGGUCACGCACAUUUGACGCACCAUCCAUCGAGGAGGCUCACACCUUAAUCACCGAAGCGAUUGAGGAUGAGGGUCCCUUUGACGGUAUCCUAGGAUUCAGUCAGGGAGCCUCAAUCAUUGCCUCCUUCCUCCUCGAACAGACUGCCAGCCACCCCGAAGAACCACUCCCAUUUCGGUUUGCCAUAUUCUGCUCGACAACAAUUCCCUGCGCCUCGGACCCUAACUACUGCCAGUCCUUAAUGGGAAGCCUGUCUCGGCAGGAUCAGCAGAGGAUCCGUUCUGGGCAGGAUGAUCAGCUUGCACAAUUGCCCACAUCCAUCAAGGCACCAAUUGAAGAAUUUGUCAAGGUGAUCAAGGCAGGCCGGUCGAUUACUCGCGAGCCAAUUCGCUUCUUUCUGGACCGGUCUAUCGAAGAAAUUCCCUGUGCCUUGCACCCGGACCAUUUUGCGGGCCGCCUCUCGAUCCCUACCUUGCAUCUACGGGGUCAUAAUGACCUCCCUGGGUUAUCCGACUGCGCCUUGCUAGUCGAGGAAUUCUGCAACCCUAAGUGUCGCAAGACCAUUCUCCAUUCUGCCGGACAUGAUAUCCCGAGAAGUGGGUCGGAGCUGAGACAAUUCAGGGCCGGAUUAGAAUGGCUAAUUGCGCAAAGCCAGUUGACACCUCAGUAA